GUGCCGCGCGAGUGGGGAGGAGUGGUGAGUGUUAGUCGCGGCCCGGCGGUGCUCCAGGGGACGGUCAGUGCUCCUCUGUGGCGGGACUACAGGGCUCUGCUGCCCCCCCCCCCCACAGUGCCGUAAGACAGCAGCGGGAGGCGCAGCGACCCGAGCUCGUGUGAAUGGACGAGGACGCACCGCCAACCCUAUUCGGGUCGUCGCCCCGGCUGGACUGUCUGCUGGACAUCUGGGACUCGCUCGUCCUGCGGAGCCGAGCGUGUCGCGCGGAGGAGCUGCGGACGGAGCCGGCGGCGGGGCCGGGGGAAGUGGUGCAGAGUGGCACGAGCAGAGGUGCGGAACUGUGUGCCGGUGACGUGUCGGCGGCGCCCGGCUCCCCCGGCAGUCGGCUGGACUCCCCCAGCCGCGGCGGGAGCAGCAGUCAGUGCGGCGACCCCUGUACCCCAGCGGUGGACAGUGUGGUGAGUACGGCGUCCUUCCAGAUCUCUGCUCUCCCGGGGGACGCGGGACGCGGCCUCUCCGUCCGGGAGAACACCCGAACUGUGCGCCCGUCGGUGCUGCCCGCGGCGCCCACGUGCAGUGAAGUGAGCGCGGUAGCCGCAUCGAUGGCGAUAGGCGACGCCGACCGCGCGGACUGGGAGAUCUCUGUGACAGCCACAGCGAGGGUCACGCGCCGACCGGCCUCUCUGGCGGUCCCGCUGUCGGAACCCCUGUCCCGACCCUCCUGCUCGCCCUGCUGCCAGUCACGGUACUCCCCAUCGUCAGAGCUCGGCUCCGCGCACCCGUCCAAGACUCUGGCGUCGCCGCUGUCCACGCUGUCAGCGCCCACCACGGACAGCGGCAUCUGCGAGACGCCCUCGGAGGAGGCGUGCUCGUCGUUUGAGCUCUCCAUCACGGGCGAGAGCAGCCUGUCGGCCGGUGGCGACAGCACCGGGGACGAGGCGGCGCGCGGCCUGUCGGAGCGACCGCGGCUGGCGGCGGGCCGCGAGCGGCGCGCGCCGCGCUGGAGGACCGCUGAGCUGAGGCAGCGGCCGCUCUCCGUGGUCAGCACGGCCUCCUCAUCGUCCUCGUCUGGUGGCGGCUCGCUGCCGCGCUCCCUGGUGCGGCGGCGACCGGCGCGCGGCGCCAGAGAUGUCACAGACUCGGCCGGGGACCCUCUGGCGGUCGGCGGCGGCGGCGGCGGCCUGGCGCGCACCCAGUCCCUGCAGCUGGACGGCUGCGUCACCCAGGCCGACCGCGUGGUGGCCGAGAUCCUUCACACGGAGGCCGCCUACGUCAGCGACCUGCGAGAGGUGCUGGAGGGCUACCUGCAGUACUGGCGCGAUAACCCGGCGCGUGGACUCCGGGACGGCCACAAGGAGAUCCUGUUCGGCAACUACCGCGACAUCUACCUCUGCAACAGUGCGUUUCUGCUGGAGCUGCAGAGGUGCCGAGCCGACCCUCUGAGGGUGGCCAAGUGUUUUGUCGCCCACCAGCUGAGAUUCGACGUGUACACCGACUACUGCACGCACUAUCCCAGGGCGAUGUCGCUGCUGACGGAGCUGAUGCGCUCCGGCACGGAGACGGCGCGCCUGCUGCGGGACCGGCAGGAGGCUCUGGGCCACACUCUGCCGCUCGGAUCCUACCUGCUGAAACCCGUCCAGCGCAUCCUCAAGUACCACCUGCUGCUGCAGAGUCUGCGGACGCACAGCGCGGCGUCACCGGAGUGGCAGCGCACGGCCACGGACGAGGCUCUGCGCUCCAUGCGCGCUCUGGCUGACCACAUCGACGACAUGAAACGGCGCCACGAGUCGGCCGUGCGCGUGCAGGAGGUGCAGAGCCUGAUCCGACUGUGGCAGGGCGAGGACCUGACCACGUUCGGAGAGCUGGUGGCCGAGGAGACGUUCCGCGUGCCCCGGGCCAAGGUGCCGAGACAGGUGUUUCUGUUCGAGAAGAUGCUGCUCAUCACAAAGAACCGGGACGACGGCACUCUGGUGUACAAGACGCACAUACUGUGUUCGAACCUGAUGCUCAUUGAGAGCGUACCGGGGGAGGUGGACAGCCUGCAAGUUUUACCAUUUGACGAUCCCCACGAACAAUACACCCUGCAGGCUCGAAGUGUCGAGUCGAAGCGGCAGUGGGCGCUGCGCCUGAAGGGAGCCAUACUGGAGAGCUACGGACAAGACAUACCCAAACACGCCCGAGAGCUGGUCAUGAAGCUCGGGCAGCACCGGGAGAACGGUGCGGCGCUGCGGCGCCGGCUCAGUCGGCGCACCCACUCGGUACCCGAGUACCUGGAGAGGCGCCGAUCGGUGAAGAGGACCACCUCGGCCGCCGCCAGCGUGCAGCCGCCGCAGCUGCCGCCGCUGACAGCCGCGCAGCAGCGCCAGCGACGGCGGGCCCAGCAGCAGCAGCAGCAGCAACACGGGCAGCCGCCCGACUGGGGUCCGACCGACCAGCAGCAGCAGCAGCAGCAGCACGACUGCUCAGCUGUCGCUAGUGGGAAGAGCACACCGCCCUGCUCGCCCUGCGCUGGCGCGGAGCGCGCCUCGACGUUCCUGCCGGACUUGGACGAGGAGGAGCUCGAGGAGGCAGCCGGCGGCGGUCGCGGCUCACCACACCCUUCCACGUGCACCUCGGCGUCCUCGACCACCCCGUCUGCCGUCCCAGCCGCCGCCGACAACGGGCACCAGCGCCGCGACGACCAGACGAUCGUGGAGCAGCUGGUGCUGCAGCACAAACACUUCCAGCGGCUCUGGGAGAAGCCGCGCCGCGAGGUGCGCCGCAGCCCCACCUCGUCCAGCGACUCUCCCAGCGAGCGAGAGCCCGACUGGAGCCCGUACCUCGCCGAGGCGGGCGGGUGCAGCGACUCGCCGCCGGCCGCCCCCGCCGCUGACACUGGGCGCGGGGAGGCGUCUCCAGCUCCGAGCGCCCGGCAGGGUGCCGCUGAGGCAGCAGACCCUCCGGACGCGUCCAGUGACGGUGAGGGCGGCGAUCGGGCGGCGGAGCUCGCCGCAGAACAGGACAAUAUGCCCGAGCUGGUCAGCUGGAACGAGUUCACGCUGACCACGGUGCGGGGUCCCGACGAGCAGCCGUCGGCCGCCGUCUCUCCGCGCACCGGCCUGCGGCGCGCGCAGCGGCCCCAGUCGGCCAUCACCAUCGAGAGCCGAGACAACGUCGAGUACGUCAGCCUGUUCGACUACGGCGCCCGUCCGCUGUCGAUGGCUGGAGGAGCGCCGCUGGAGGCGCCCGCGGGUCGGGCGGAGCCGCAGCCGCGCCGGACAGUGACCCAUCGGCUGAGCGAGCUGCGCCAGAGCGGCCGCACCGAACUGCGCCAGUUUGUCAGACUCUUCAGGAGCAAGUCACUAAGGCUGAGCCGGUACUUCGAGGACAACGGAAAAGGGUCGUCAAAAGGGGACGUCAGGCGGAGGAACGUUGACUCGUCCGCGGUGGCGAGAGGUGGAGCGGUACCCAAGGUGGCUCCAAAGACUGCUGCCGAGCCGAGACAAAGGUCUACGUGGUACUGCGAGCUGAGCGAGCCGCUGGAGGGGGACGGCCAGCCGCAGCCAGCCGCUCAGGACGAGCCGCAGCGAAUACCUGAGGACGAGCCGCGGUCGCAGCGGUCGCAGCUGAGGUCGUUCGGCUCUCUGCGCGUGCUGCUGCGGCGCUCCGGCAGCUCGGCGGGCGCCGAGAGGAGCCGCUGGCGGCCGCUCUCCCAGCUCAUUGACGUAAGGAGCCGGCGGCCACCCUCUCAGUCUGUGGACGGGGAGGGCCGGCGGCCGCUCUCGAUGGUGAACGGAAAGAGCCGGGGGCCGCCGCUGGCCUCAGAGGUCCACGCCGCGAGUCUGCAGCGUCUGCCCGGCUCCAGAGGGCAGUGGCAGCGCUCAGGUACCGCCAGCCCGCGCCAGUCGCCGGUCUCAGCGGCUCACUACCUGCACUCAGCGCCCUCUCUGCGUUGUGCGGAGAGUCACAAGUGUCUGCCGGCGCCGCUGGAGGGCAGCACGGAUCGGCUGCGCCAGCGCCUGGCCCACCUGCUGCCGGGCGGCGGCGGGGACCGCCCGCCACCAGCCGGGGACGCGCUGGGUGCCCGGCUGGCCGCCAGCGGUCCGGUCGAGUCGCCGCUGCUGGCCGGCCCGCGGCGGUGCCAGCCGGCCCUCGGCAGUAUGACGUCACUGGCCAGUAGCCAAUCAUCUGCGAGUGACAGCGGCUCGGAGACGGCAGAGCGCGUCACGGACGGGUUUUAUGAGAUGAAUAUGGAGAUUCUGGAGCACGUCAGUGUCGGGAUGUGCUUCUGAUCUGACUGCCUUACGACGAUCCUUCCGACGCGCCACUGACCAUAAGAGCAGGCUCCCUUUUGAGCCGUCCUACUGCCACAUGCCCUGUGAUUCGAGGUUGGCGCAUUGAAGCGGUGCAAUCAAGUAGUUAGCGAGUUGUGAUUCGAUGCAGAUCAUUGACCAAAUGACCAAGUGUGACGACUAGGCGCUAUCCAUUCCGUGUCGCACUGUCGCGUGUAGUCCAGUUCUUUGCGCUGCGCUUUAUUGCCCGAGCAGGACUCGUAGCUGUAGUUAUGCCAUUCGCCGCCAGGGGCGCUAGGAGUCUAGAGAAAAGUCCGUGGCUAGUUUGUGGCUAUCGUUUUAGUCUCCUGGAUCGUGGCUGCUUUCUCUAGUCAUUCCAUAGGCUGGUUCGUGUCCGUCUCAGAUUAAUGAGGGAACGCUAUGGCAGGGAUUGUGCCACCUACUAGCGGACAUUUUUUACCAAUUUUACGAGUAAUUGGCGCUACCCGAUUUGAUUCAAGCCAUCGCCUUAGCUGUGCUAAUGAUGUGUCUUGGCUGGCAGCUCUUUAGAGAGGUUGGCCGCCUGGCAGACAAGAACCUUAGGGUUGCAUACUAGUGAGUGCUUCAUUUUGACAUGGUCACUUGUGUACGCAUAUGAAUGUGAUGUACCUAAUGUGAUUACUGGACAGUAGGUAUAUGACGUACCACUUUCAUGAACAUGUGCUCGAUCAGGUAUAAGCCUUAAUACAAUAUUUAAACAUGCA